UAGAUGGCAGAGAAGAAAUUAGAAGUCGUCGUGGAGAGUGGGCGUUGUCGCGAUAUUGUUUCCGACUUGUUGACAGAGCAGGUGCUUGCAGUGGAUUGUGAGGGGAUACAGCUGGGUGUGGAGGGUCCCCUAACGCUCCUUCAGGUGGGGACCUAUGAUGGAGACGUGUAUUUGUUUGAUAUACAGGAAAACCGGAAGCUACUAUCGGAAGGUUGCCUCGGUACGAUACUGGAAUCUAUUGAGAUAGUAAAGGUUAUGCACGCAUGCACCAACGAUAGUGCCGCCUUAUUUCAUCAAUUUAAUGUGACUCUAAAGAAUGUUUUUGAUACCCAGGUUGCCGAUGUUGUACUGGAAGAAGAAAAGGGUCGUUUACUUGCCCCAGUCUUAAAAUUACAGCAUAUGUGUGAAAAAUAUUCAACUGGAGACAAAGUCUCAGAAUUGAAAGAGGAACUGAAGACCGAAUGGAGCAAAAGGAAGAGCGAUUUUUGGGCCAUACGCCCAUUAACGGACGAAAUGCUCUCAUAUGCAAGUGGUGAUGUAAAAGCACUAAUACCUGAGGUUUACGUAGAACUAAAGAGUCAAAUAGAAAAGAAGAAAUUGCAGACAUGUUUUCAAGAACGGGUGUUAGAGGCCAUAAAUAUUAGCUUAGAUCCCGAGGCAAAGUCAAAACGACUAGAACGAGUUCAGAAUAAUAUAACACAAAUUAUUGAUUCCAUUGACAAAGAUUGGGAGGUGAGCACAAAGCUGGAAGACCUUCCUGAAGAUGGUAAUGAAAUACGCGCUUUGAAAAGGAUUGAUCUCAAAAAAGCUCGCAAAAAGUCAAAAUUUAUUGACCGGCUUAAAACGGAAAGCAUUCAAAUUGAAUUGAAAGAAUUGAGGGAUGAACUUGAUUCUACCGGAAGCGACUACAUUGUGAAACGAUAUACGCUAUCAUUUCUCUCACAGAUUGAAAAUCAUCGCAAAAAGGCCAUAUCAAAGGAGGCAAGACACAUAAAAGAAAGGAUACACCAUAUUAUCCUCGACGAUAUAGAGACAAAGUAUCAAACAGAAACAAAUCUCAACCAUAUAACACGAACUGAGAAGGAAGUCUUGAGAACUUUGACUCCGAAGAGCACGUACGAUGACAACUUUCCACGAAAUGUUCUUCGUUUAUACUGGAUUUUGAUGGAAGAGGAUUUGGACAGAAAAUGUGACGCUUUCGAGGAAAAUAGGAAAGACUUCAAAAUGAAAAAAGGUUAUUAUCAGAAAAUGAAAUUUUUUGUUGCCAAGGGAACUGAUGUGCCGGGUGAUUUGAAGCAAAAGGCUCGUCGAUUUAAACGAGGACUCGAUGCACAAUUUGGCCGUGAUAAAGUCCCCGAGUAAA